GAAGAAAGUUACCAAUUAACUUAGUAGUUAGAAGGGUCCAUGAGACCAAGCGGGCUGUUUUUCUCUAUAUUUAACAUUUCACUAUGGAUCACAGGAAGAGUUAUGUAUUUUUGCUUAUAAUCUGGUGCAUCUGUUCAUUAAGCCAUGGAACCAAGGAAAAUCAGCCGAUGAUCAUCCAGAGCUUGAAUAUUGACUGCAGAAUAACAUCUCGCUUUGCUCGCACCAUCAUAAAAACUGAACUUCAGAAUCAACUUAAUAUGUCUCGGGAGGCUGUGUUUGAUGUGGAAUUGCCUAAAACUGCCUUUAUUACCAAUUUCAGCAUGACUGUGGACAGUGUAACAACUAUUGGGACUGUGAAGGAGAAGGCUGAGGCCAAAAUGCAGUACCAAAAAGCAGUAUCCAAGGGACAAAGCGCUGGUUUGGUUCAGUCUACAGGAAGGAAAAUGGAACAUUUUAAAAUCACAGUGAAUGUUGCUGCCUUUGCAAAUGCCAUAUUUGUACUGACUUAUGAGGAGCUACUGAAACGUUCUCUUGGGAAUUAUGAACUGGCUUUCAAAGUUAAACCUAAACAGCUUGUAGAAAACUUCCAGAUCAAUGCACACGUUACAGAGCCUCAAGGGAUUCGUUUUUUGGAAGCUCAUGGCACAUUCAUCACUAAUGAAUUGACUGAUGUUGUCCAUAUAAAUCGCACAGAGAAUCAGGCCCAAAUCACAUUCAAGCCAACGAUGGACCAGCAGCGCACUUGUCCUGAAUGCACAGAAACACUGCUUGAUGGUGACUUUUUAAUAAAAUAUGAUGUCAAGAGGGAAAAUGUAGCUGGAAACAUUCAGAUUUCCAAUGGAUACUUUGUGCAUUACUUUGCUCCUGCCAGUCUUCAAAAAGUGCCAAAGAAUGUUGUCUUUGUUAUUGAUCACAGUGGGUCAAUGCAUGGGCAGAAAAUUAAGCAGACAUACGAAGCCUUCUUAAAAAUCCUGGCAGAUCUACCAGAAGAAGAUCAUUUUGGAAUUUUAAUAUUUGAUGACAAGGUGGAUAAGUGGCAGAACACGCUAGUAAAAGCUGUGCCGGAUAAUAUAAUAAAGGCAAAACAAUUUGUCUCAAAGAUCUCAGCAAGAGGAGGCACAGAUAUAAAUAAGGCAUUGCUUGCUGCAGUGAAAAUGCUCAAAAAUACCUCAAGGAAUAAACUAUUGCCUAAAAUAAGCACUUCCAUCAUAUUAUUCCUAUCAGAUGGGGAGCCAACAUCUGGGGUCACUAACCACAAUGAAAUAAUUAAUAAUGUUAAAAAAGCCAAUGAGAGACAGACCACACUGUACUGUUUGGGAUUUGGCAAUGAUGUUGAUUUUAAUUUUUUGGAGAAAAUGGCUUUGGAAAAUGGAGGAUUGGCAAGGCGGAUAUAUGAAGACUCGGAUGCUGCUCUGCAGUUACAGGGUUUCUACAAUGAAGUUGCAAACCCAUUGCUUCUGAAUGUUCAGCUCCAAUACCUGGAUCAUUCUGUAGGGGAUGUGACCCAGAACAACUUUAGACAUUAUUACCAAGGUUCUGAAAUUGUUGUUGCCGGACACAUAAACAAUGAUAACCUGGAGUGUUUAAUAACUGGCCAAGGGGUUGAAGAACAGUUUUCAGUAAAUGUGCAAACAAAUAUAACAGAGGUGGAAGAGGCAACCAAGGAACUGCAAUACAUUUUUGGAGAUUUUACAGAAAGAUUGUGGGCCUACCUCACCAUUGAGCAGCUGCUAACACAACAGAUUUCAGCGCAGGGAGAAGACAAAGAAAAGAUCAGCAAAAAAGCCUUGGAAUUAUCACUCAAGUACAAUUUUGUCACUCCAAUAACCUCCAUGGUAGUUACUGCUCCUGAGGACACCGAUGAAAAUAAGGAACUUAUUGCAAAUAAACCAAAGGAAGGAGUUGUGAACAAUGAUUAUGAUACAGAUUUAGACAACACUAGACUGAUGGAUUUACAUUAUUAUGUUUACAGUGAUUUCGAUCACCAACGUUUGGAUCAUCAACCUGCUCUUCUAAAUGAAUAUACAAUACCAAUACAAGCAACGCACAUUCCAGUACAUGUACUAACACCAUCGCCCACCUUUGAACCACAAAUUACAAUGAUAUAUUCUUCUUGGAACAUGUGUUUUAAAAUCUCUGAUGCACAGAAUGAAAUUUUGAAUUUAUUACACGAUGAAAUAGCAGGUAUUACUCUAAAUGGGGUCAUGACAAAAGAUCAUAAGUUUAACAGAUUUGGCAUUAUGAAUAGGAAGAGUAACGUAAAAGUGGAUGUUUCCCUGGAAAACAUUACAGUAACUCAUGGGGAAGAUGUAAAAAUGCACCUGUGGACUUCUUCUUUCCAAGACGAUGGGUUUGUGAGUUUAAAUGGGGAGAAAUUAACUGUAUCACUGGACAGGAAUGUUUUGAUUGUGAUAUCACAUAAGAUUCAGUACCUCCCAUUUGUGGUACAAAACAACUUGGUUUUAAAUGACAUAAGUGGACAAAUCGGGCCACUGUUAGAAGAUGUUGAGCUUCAUGAAAGCAGAAGUGAAAUUGUGGUACAGGGGAAACACUUUCAGGGUAAACGUGAGAUGUUUUGCAGCGUGGCAUCCAGCGGGAAACUUUGUGGAUCAUGUUGGGAAGUCAUUAUAAGAUCUAAUGAAUUAACCAAUGGUACUAGCAGCUUCGUUUCAGAUAUUUUUGAUAGCCCUCGUAAAAAACCCAUUGAGUCAAACUGACCGACUGUAGCAUUUGAUAUUUUUCCAUGUUCAUAGUAUACAGGUAUGAGACUUGUUAUCCAGAAUGCUCAGGACCUGGGGUUUUCUGGAUAAGGGAUCUUUCUGUAAUUUGGAUCUCCAUACUUUGUCUAUUAAAAAAUCAUUUAAACAUUAAAU